AAUGAUAUCAUUCACUGUGACCUGAAGCCGGAGAACGUGCUCCUACAAAGUCCGAAACGAAGUGCUAUCAAAGUGAUUGAUUUCGGUUCCAGUUGUCAAGUGAACAAACGCGUAUACACGUACAUCCAAUCCCGAUUCUACCGGGCCCCGGAAAUCAUUAUGGGCAUGAGUUACGGGAAAGAAAUCGACAUGUGGAGUUUGGGAUGCAUAGUGGCUGAAAUGAUCACCGGAGCUCCUCUGUUUCCCGGAGAAGACGCGGAUGAUCAGUUAGCACUGAUCAUGGAAUUACUUGGCACUCCACCCGCUCGUAUGCUGUCUGCCUCGAAGGCAGCAUACAAGUUUUUCCUGUGCACCGGUGAACCACGUUAUUUGUACGAACAGGAACAAGAGCUACAAGAACAGCGUGAGCGUUCUGAAGCGAAAUUGAACGGUGAUUCACACGGAUUGUCCAAUGGGAUUAAGAACGGACGAGGACAGUCGGCUGAGUCGAAUAAUCUGUCCUCAAAGGGUCGUUCGAAAAUGAUGCAACGUUCGCGCAAUUGGCGACCUCGUCAACCACCUGGCUCACUUGAUCUACUUACCGCACUAACCUCACCCAAGUACUCGUCUGUUUGUGUACCCGGCGGGGAGAAACGCUCACGUCGUCAAUCACGGACAGGUUUUAGUCAUGUUGAGCCAGUGGAUCCGGAUAUGCUAGAUUUUAUCAGUCGCUGUCUCCUCUGGUGGCCCGAGGAUCGAAUGAGUCCCAGUGAGGCAUUGCGUCAUCCGUGGAUCACGAAAACCAAAACUGUUCCCAGUUUAGAUAUCAUGGUUUGUGCGUCCCCGACUUACUCCGGGGCUAGACGUAACUCACCGAGAACCGAUACUGAAUCGCAUAGACUGAGCUCAACUAAUGGAGUUCAAGGAUCAGUGGACGCGGAUGACUUGCUGUACAAGAUGCAAAAUGUUCGUCUUCGUCGACCGAGAAUGUUUGCGGAAGAGGAUUUGCGUCGCGCAAGGCGUACCAGCGCUGUACGAAACGAACGGAAUGGUACUAAUAAUUAUCGACGCUAUUCCACUGGGCACGAGUACGGUCGACAACUAGCAUCGUUAGUUGGUCAAAAUGACUCACCACCGGAACGUCGUCACUCCGUCCGCGAAGGACGUCGGGCGAAUGGAGGUCAGCACUAUCGUGACUUUCUCAAUUCCGAUCAGGAUCCGGAACCGGAUGGAGGCAAUACUCCACAACGAAGCCUAUUCGAGGCCAAUAUGGCAGACGUGCAAAGACGUCAUCGUCCACGGCGCCCGUCCAAUCACAUGCGAGAUAGUAUUGGUCACAAUGGUCUACGUGUGGACGACACACGGACCCGACUGAGCGGAAACUAUGAUUCAACCCUGUGA